AUGGGGAAGCCCUCAGUCCAGAAGGAAGGAGAAAAUGGAAGUUCUAGCGGGGGCCUCGUUGCUCCGAGGUCCCAACAAAUAUCUGGACUUUCGCCUCAGUGUCAGACUAAGCGGCUCCCAUCAUGUGCCGCAUCCCAGAGGGUGCAGGGAAACCGGCUAUCCAGCUCCGCGAAACCGGUCUCAGCAAGCACGCCGCCAUCUUGCCUACCGCCUCCGAGAGCUUGGGCUCACUCAGGAGGGGCCCGCGCCUGCGCGGACCGCGGAGGGGCGUGGCGAGGAGGGAGGGGGCGAGGCCUCCGCGGAAGGCGAGAGGAGGCGCGGGGCAGUGACGCAAAUGCACCCCCAGUGGUGGGUGUGUUCGCGCCUCUGGUCUGUAGCUUCUGGAUUCCGUUUCCACGGUUACGGCGGCGCGAGGCUGUGUCCCAGUCACUGACAUCCAUCGAUUUGUGCGUGCGCGGGAGCUGCACACUCUUGGGAGGCAGUUGCUCAAAUCAAGCCCAUGUCGCCUCCCUGGAGGGCCACACCACCAAAGAUAAAGUCGUGCUUCUGGCAGGUUCACCCCCGCAGGAUGAAGCCACUCUGGGUCCGUGUGGGGUAGAAGCCCUGGCGACCCUGGAAGUGGUUGGCCGCGGGCUAGGAGAAGUCAGCUGAUUUUGUGUGAAAAUACAAUAUCUGGCUUUGCUUCAAAAAUUGGGAAGCUCUGGUCACAGUGGGCCUGUGUUGCCACAUACCAACAGUCCACACCAACUGAGUAGUGGCUGCUCCCUUUGGAAGGCUUUACCCUUUGCUACAGUUUCCACUCUUCCCUCCUCCACUCCUCAAAACCAAUGUCAGUUACCAUUUAUCAUCAGGCUUGUGCUGUUGUUU